AUGAAUUCCAUCAUGAUGGAUAAACAACAUCUCUAUGAUGUGAAAGAUGACAAAGAGGAUAUUACAUUGGAGACAAAUCGGCCACAACUUGUGGAGACCAAGGCUUCUUUUACGGCCGUCCUGCUCGGCCCAGAAACUUCCACAAUAAAUUGUCCUCAUUGUGGUAGUACUGUGAAGACCAGGGUUCGUUAUACAACUACUGCAAGGACUCAUAUAGCUGCUGCCAUUUGUGCAUUAAUAUGUUGUUGCUGCUGCAUCCCGUAUUGUUCAAGCUCAGCAAAAAACACGGACCACUUCUGCCCUAAUUGCUUCAAAUACCUUGGCACUUACGAAAAAUAA